AUGCCUCAAUCAAUAGACGUCUCAAGUCCUGCUGCUUACUCCCCCGCCGAAACAGCAGAACUAAUCUGUCGCGCUGGCGUGAAAAAAGGCCGUUCUCGUCCUGACAAGGUCUUUCUUUCAGGCAUCACAGGCGGCUGUAUCUUAGCUUUCGGAUGCGCGGUGUCAUUAACGGCUUUGACUGCACCAUGGUACCAAGAAAACGCGCCUGGUCUGAUCAAGAUCAUUGGUGCUCUGGUCUUUCCUUUGGGAUUGGUUACUGUUAUUUUGACGGGCGCUGAUCUGUUUACUUCUACGAAUUUGUUCACCUUUGUGGCUGUGCUCAAUGGACGUUUGUCGAUAUGGAGGAUGCUGUUACAUUGGUUCCUAUGUUUCUUCGGCAAUCUUGGUGGAUGCUUGUUUGUCAUGGCCAUCAUCGUCGGCUUUGGAGGCAUAUUUGACGGUGAAGUAUACAGAGAAGAGAUCAUCUCCUAUACAACAAAGAAGCAAAUCGCACCCGAGGCCUAUCAAAUCUUCCUUCGCGCAAUUGGCUGCAACUGGCUCGUUUGCCUCGCAUGCUUUCUGGGUGUGCAAGCAAAGGACUUGACUUCCAAGGUGGUCGGCAUGUGGAUUCCCAUCUUUGCCUUUGUCGCUCUCGGCUUUGAUCACGUUGUCGCAAACAUGUUCUUCAUGCCUUUGGGUAUUUGGAUGGGUACGCCUGGUUUGACUGUCGGGCUUUACAUCUGGAAGGGCAUGAUUCCCGCCCUUUUUGGCAACAUUAUUGGAGGCAGCCUUUGCUGCGGCGUGUACUUUUGGUGGAUGUACUUGGCAGAUAUAGACGACGAGGAAGUGCCCCAAGGUAAGGGUGUUCUACCUCAUGCUCACGAUAGCCCCUCAGAUGAGGAGAGUCAGAUGGAGUCACGGUAG